AAUAUGCUAGGGUUUUUCAGAUUUGAGGGGGGAAUAAAAAGUCUUUUCCAGUAUUGCUUGGAGCUACCGCAGCCGGGAGUAAAGAACCAGGGGGUGGAGCCUAUAGCUCCUCCCACCCCUUCCUGUUUUCAAACAGGUCCGCUACCAGAGAAUAUAAGGGCUUGCUGGGGUGUUCUGUAAGGUAGUUUCUUUGCUCACCGGGAGGAGACGAUGUCUGGACGUGGCAAAGGCGGCAAAGGCCUCGGAAAAGGGGGCGCUAAGCGCCACCGCAAGGUCCUGCGGGACAACAUCCAGGGCAUCACGAAGCCCGCCAUCCGGCGCUUAGCUCGGCGCGGCGGCGUCAAGCGCAUCUCGGGGCUCAUCUACGAGGAGACUCGCGGUGUUCUCAAAGUGUUCCUGGAGAAUGUGAUCCGCGACGCCGUCACCUACACCGAGCACGCCAAGCGCAAGACGGUCACGGCCAUGGACGUGGUCUACGCCCUCAAGCGCCAGGGCCGCACGCUCUACGGCUUCGGCGGCUGAGCGCGUCCACCGGCUCUCGGCCUUCCCUGGUCUCUUGCAUCACCACCCCUAACCCAAAGGCCCUUUUCAGGGCCCCCAAAGCAUCAGAAAUGAGCUGGGGAGACUUAACCGGAAUGGGAAGCUGGGUCGCUUUGGUGUCACUUCUGUGGCUUGCAUUGUUGCACAUGCAAAUCAAGCUACGUGGAAGCACGUUCUCAUUGGACCGGUGGACCUCGUAGCUCCGCCCCCCGGCCUGGGAACGUGAUCCGUAAACUUGCUGAGUGCUGUUGGUCUGCGUGAAUGAUUUUUCUUUGCUUGUUUCUGGGUGGCUGCGUCCCGCUUUGCGACCUCUAGAGCUCGGAAGAGGCGGUCACUCAGCAGAGGGAAACCACGUUCCUUAAGGGCGGCGAGAAUGAGGACUGGGCCGGAGGCUUGGGACUCCAAAUUAAAGUGAUCCUGCAAUGUUAACUCGGCUUUGUUAGCUGUAGCCAUUUCCCAGCUUUAACGAUGUGUCUUUGACGAGAGGGCUCGGGGUCCUCCUUUAGGUCAGGCUGGUCAGCUUCCCGAGUUCAGAUUCCACAGAUCUGGCUGUAAGUCUCAUUUUAAGAAAGUCCUUCAGUCUCCAGAGAGGAGGGAUUAAAGAACCGGUGUUACUCUUAGAGUAGUCCUGAGUUGAUUUCUCAGCACCCAAGUGGGUUAGUUCAGUCACCUGUAGCUCCAGCUUCAGAGCAUCAAGAUGCCUUUGGCUUCCUUGGGCACCUGGACUCAGGUCUGCAUACCCACUCUCUCCAUACACAUAACUAAAAAACUAAUUUUUUUCAAUGCCCUAGUUUUUUGACAUUGGAAGUUCACUAGUCUUCUCACCGGCUUAGGGAAUAGGAGACAUUCUUGGGCUUCCCUCAGCAGGAACCUGGCAUUUCAUUAGGAAUGGUUAUCUCGUAUGAAAUGCUUUCUGCGGCAGGUACUUUGUGACAUCUUUCAGCAGAUUUAUUUUAAGUAUUGUUAAAGACCACUUUAUAGCUGUGGACGGGACAACGAAGAAUUAAAAACUUGGAGCUUGGAUUUGAACUCGGCCAUGUGCAACUUUACAAAGCUUCAUUUUAUGUGCCCCUGGUUUUACCGGUGAGGCUCCCCUGUCUCUGUCACUGACAUUUCACUUACAGCCUUCUGAGCAUAAUGUAGCGUUGGGGUUAAUUUCAGAGGACGUUAGUCUAACAAACUCACUCCCUGCAAGCAAGUGAAAACUUGAGUUGCUUACUUUUCUGUCUUUAGAAAUAUUUUUCAGUUACAGUUAUUUGGUUUUAUAUUUUCAAAAUCUCUCAUUUUCCCUUUUGUCCAGUGCAUAAUUUUUUUUUGUUAAGUUUGGUGAUUUUCAU